AUGCGUGUCGAGUUAUAUCCUGUACACUCAGUGUACAUUCAUCUAGAUCGGUUUUACAAUAUGGAACUUUCGGAUCGUGAAUAUUAUCAGAUUCGUUUCAAGCUGAAAGUUCCAGUUUUCUGUAAAGCCGAGAUAGUCUAUGAGCAAGCAUCAUGCCCAAGCGUAGUCUAUCCUCCUUGCGUUUCUGAAGGAUAUGGCAUUAGCAAAACCAUUGAAAUCUCGUCAGAUAAAUCGUACGAAACUUUCAAUGAUAGUUUCCGAUGCACUUUGCAAAUGCUCCGCCGCUUUGAUGCCGUUAGAAGGAUUUCUGUACAGAUGGUUAUAGAACUUUAUGUUUUGGACCAUACUAGGCCUCCUAGGAUGGAAUCAUUUACUUUGUUGACAAAACGGACUUUAGAUAUACCAUUGAAAUUAGAAAAGUCUUCCCACGUUCAUCGUUCCGUAUUUUUUGACUCUACUGUCUUUUCUGCUUUAACGUUAACUAUACAUUCGUCUUUAAUAUCAAUUGUUCCAGUUCGGAAAAAAUUGCCACCUGAUCCGCCAACCAGUGAAAAACUGCGCAAAUAUCACAAGGCACUCUGUUAUGCUCUUCUCUCUACAAAAUCUUCUAUCCAAAAAUUUAUAGGACAGUAUUCCUCGCUGUUGUCAUCUCCGUUACAUAUUGAAAGUUUUGACCUAGAAGACGAGUUUAAACGCUUUGAUGACCAAUUUAAUCACUCGUCUAACGGUUGGGCUGAGUUGGAGGAAAAUGCUGCUAUAUUAUCUCGAAUUAUUUCUCAACUUUUUGCACAGCUGUUGCAAAUGUUCGCUCGCUCUAAACAAUUGUCAAGGACGCUCAACGAAGAAUUUGACCAGUUACGUAUCAAGCGACUCGGAGAGUUAUUUUUUUUCUCUGAGAACUCGAUGUUUAAACUUCAGGCAGUUGAAAGCAACGACUACACGCCUAUUCAGCUUAUAGAUCACAUCAAAAAAAGUGCCUAUUUUUCACGACUACCAAAAUUGGAUUUUUACUGUUCAGGAACCGACUUAGGUCCUGAUAAUAGGACCGUUAUUGUCGAAGAAAGCUUUUUACCCGUUGGCGUUCCAGGGCAGCCUUUUUCGUUGUUUUCAGAAACACCCGCCAUAAACGUUUCCCAGAAGGGCAUUGAGUCGCCAACGACGAGUGAUAGAGCUCAAAGUUGCGUGGGAAACUUUUGUCUUCCCUUGAAAUGUUCGACCACUGAGGAACCGUAUAUGAUACAGACAUCGAAUUUUGGUUUAACCUUAUUAAGGAGUAAUAAGAUGAUUUGUCGCCGCGUUAGCGAUCCUGGCAUAAAGAGGCGCUUGUAUCAGGAUGCUGGAAGUAGUUCGACACUCCGUCAUUCGCUUAGGCACAGGAAGGCACAGUCAACAAUAGCACUACCAACAAUGCUGGAAAAGUUGGACAUUCAAGUUACUUUAGAAGAGGAAAUGAGUAAUGUUUUCUUUCAGGAUAGGAUAGUCGAGAAGAAUUUUUUUUCUAUGGAUAACAGUAGUUCAUCCUCAUCUUUAUCACAAAGACAGUCUGGCUCGGAGUCGGCAUUUUCUAAAGUUACUCAUGCAAAGAGACAUACCUCUCGGAAAAAUGAUUUUUUGGCUAAUUUUGAUCAGUCUAUCGUAUUAUUCGUUCACCUUAAAGAACAGCUGAAAGAAAAGUUGCACUCCCUAAAUUUUCAAGGAUACUUUUACAGCGACUUGGCUCGCAUUCCUUAUCGGAGACCCUAUUUUUUGGAAAAUGAGAGGAGUGUUUCAGCAGAUUAUUGCGAUGUACAUCUGAUUAUUCUUGUUCAUGGACUAGAAGGAAGCGUAGAGGAUUUGGUGCAUUAUCGCAAUAUUUUACGUUUGCUGCUGCCAAGAACGAAUCUUCAUUUUUUAUUAUCGCGAAUCAAUCUCUCAAAAACUUGGUCUGGUAUAGAGGAGCUCGCUACAAAUUUGCUUCAUGAAAUUUUCAGUGAGCUGAAGGGUUUCUCUUUGUGGCCAAAAAAAAUAUCGUUUAUUGCUCAUUCCAUGGGUGGACUUAUUAUUCGCGCCAUGCUUGGAAUGCCAGAAGCCAAUCCACUUCUACCCUUGUUAAACACUUUACUGACUCUCAAUGCCCCUCACUGUGGUUUGUUGUACAAUCAGAGGGCCGCAAAAUGGGGUGUGUCUUUAAUGAGGUGGUGGAAGCAGUCUGCAACUUUAGAACAGCUCUGUCUGCGUGAUGCCGUUAGCUUUCGAGAUACUUUUCUGUAUAAGUUAAGCACUAAUGGCGUCUUAGGCAAAUUCAAACAUGUCUUGCUUGUCGGAUCGUGCCAAGAUUUCUACGUGCCGUUACAUUCAGCUAUUAUUAGCCACUGCAAGGCAGCAAAUAAAGACAAAAGCAUCCAAAGUGCUGCUUAUGAUGAAAUGGUAAGCCAUAUGAGCACAUCCAUGGAAGACUCUAGUGUUCAUACUGUAGUGGUAAAGUACACAGUGCACCACUCCUUCGCCAACACGGUUACCCGUGCAUAUCAGGUCACUGGGAAGGCCGCCCACAUCGCAGUUAUUGAUGAUGACGUUUUUGUUGAAAGACUGCUUGCUGUGUCAGCAAUUAGAUACUUUAUUUAA